AUGGAGGUGGAUGGCCCAAUCAAGCCUCACCUAGAGGCCGGUCGGACAAAACGGGCCCGAGUGGUGGCUGUUGAUGCCUCGAUCGAUGUGGCUUGGAGGAAAGCUAGGUCUGCUAAUCGACAGCGAGGUAUCUCACCUGUUCCCAGCGCCUCGUGGGUUCCCAAAAAAGUAGCUGAAGGGUGGCCGAGACAUCGGAGGCUGAUCCUGGAGCAAGAAUCAGAUGAGUUCAUACUCGGUGAAAUUCCCUCCCCCAUGCAAUCGAAUGACUCGACUAAAGUUGGGGUACCUUAUCGGCGCUGCCCUUCUGAAAAUAAGUUGGAUUACGCCACCUCCCCCGGGAAUCGCUUAUCCAAUCUAGGAAGACUCGGGUGA